AUGGCGAGAACCACUUCGUUCUUUUCGAAACACCCCAACAUCGGUACUGACCCUACGAUGAAGACGACGAGAGACUUCAACCGUCUCGCCCGCCAGCGAGGCUGGGAUCCUGAUUCCACAGUGUGGAAACUCCAUUGGAAUGACUUCAUCAGCGCAAAGCUUGACGGUCUCUUCGGUGGGCGUGAUAAGGACCUGAAAACUUGGCAGGAGGUCUGCGGCAAGUUGGGCCUGCGGGGGGAUUUUUCGUCGUUCAACAAGUGUAAGAAGGCUCUGGCUCGGGUGAACGCGAAUAUUGUUGAUCUCCUAGAGUGCUGGGCCACUGGAAAACGUCCUCGCAUGUUCAGAUCCCGCGAGGAGCUGGAGCACUACACCAAAGUUCAUCGGAAGUUCUUCCCCCGCAGCCAUGCCAAACAAAGCCGUAUUCUACGUAUCUUUCUGAAGAACAUGGCUUAA